GGGGAAAGGGUGUUCGCGCUGCGCCGCUGUGAGCUGCACUGUUUGGUUACUGCGACUGUGAAGCCAGCGGCGAGGGGAGCCGACUGAGCUGCGUCUGGAGGCGGACUCCGUCACCAUGAGGUCGCUGCGUCGGAUGAACGUUCACUGGGCGGGCUGUGUCACGUCCACCCUUCUGGGCGUCUACAUCGGCAUGCAGUUGUUCGCGCUGCUGCAGGGCGCCGGGCCGCCGCCGCCGCCGGCCGUCCGGCGCCAGGAGGAGGGUACGGCGCGGCACGCCGCCUCGCUGAGGGCGGCGCGGGCGGCGGCGGCGCCGCGCACCACGGCCGCGCCGCCGCCGCCGCCGCCCGGCCCCGACCUGCUCUUUGUCGGCGUGAUGACCGCUGACAAGUUUCUGGACAGCCGCGCCGUGGCCGUGUACGACACCUGGGGCCAGACGGUGCCCGGCAGCCUCGAGUUCUUCACGUCUGAGACCUCCGGCGGACCGGCAGAUCUUCCCAUCGUGCGCCUACGAGGCGUCACCGACCAGUAUCCCCCGCAGAAGAAGUCCUUCAUGAUGCUGAAGCAUAUGUAUGAAAACUACGGAGACAAGUACGAGUGGUUCAUGCGCGCCGAUGACGACGUGUACGUCCGCACCGACCGUCUGGGACGCUUUCUGCGCGGCAUCAAUUCGUCUCAGCCCAUGUUCAUCGGACAGGCCGGCCUCGGCAACAAGGCAGAGUUCGGACGGCUCAGCCUCGCCAGCCAGGACAACUACUGCAUGGGCGGCCCGGGCAUCGUGAUGAGCCGCGCCACGCUAGCGCUCAUCUACCCUCACAUCCGGCAAUGUCUGGCCAACCUGUACACCACCCACGAGGACGUCGAGAUCGGCCGCUGCGUGAAAAAAUACGCCGGCGUCAGCUGCCUCUGGAACUAUGAGAUGCGCGAGAUCUUCUAUCACGACCAGAAGGGCACGGACGCGUUCACUGGCAACCUGAAGGUUCGCAAGUUCCUCGGCACGAUAACGCUGCACCCCAUCAAGGUUCCCACGCUGCUGUACCGUCUGCACAACUUCUUCCUGAGUGAGCAGGUGCAGGAGGAGCAGCGGAAGAAGCUGGAGCGCUACCGUCAGGUGGUUCGCAGCACUCCAGAUGACCAGCUGGACACGCUCAGCCCGCUGACACGCCGUCUCGGAUCGCCGCCGAAGCUCUCCAAGCUGGCCGUCACUGAGCCGGAGCAGGAGCGUCCCUGGGCGCACCUCAACAACCACUACUUCAUGCACACGGAGAAGACGCUGAACCCCAGCUUGACAGCCCAGAUGCACCUGCGAAACGGAGUGACCGACGCCACCAACUCGCUCAUGGAUUACAUGCUCUCCUUCUCUCAGGAGCGCGGCCGGAGCCUAAAGCUGCAGGAGCUCAACUACGCCUACCACCGCGUGGACCCGCUGCACGGAGUGGACAUGGUGCUCGACCUGGUGCUCCAGUACGUCCGCUUCCGCGGCAAGCGGGUGGUGCAGACCGUGCGCCGACACGCCUACAUGCAGCAGCCGUUCGGAGUUCCCGAGGUGCGCGUGGUGCCCCGUCGCGACACGUCUACCGUGGUCAAUGUCGUGGUGGCCGUCUCAAAGAAGGUGAAGCCGUUCUACCGCUUCUGCGACAACCUGGAGGAGAUCGGACUGGACGGCAUGAGGAUCAUCUUCGUCUUCCACGAGAAUGAUGUCAGCGAGGAGGAGAAGGAAGCGACGGUGACUCGGAUGCAGCAGAUGCAGGCCUCAUACGGCGAGUCCAUCUCCAUCAUCAACACGGCUAACACGUUCAACCGCGCCUCCUCGCUGAUGCUGGGCGCCAGCCUGCUUACCGACGACGACCUGGUGCUCUUCAUGGACAUCGACGUGCUAUUCGACGCCGCCGCCAUCGACUCGGUCCGCCAGUUCGUCGUGCAGGGCAAACAGGUCUACUUCCCGAUCGUGUUCAGCCAGUACAACCCGGAGAGUCUGGGACUGGCCGAGGUGGCCGCCGACUCUCCCGAGGUCGACCCGCGCCGCGGCCGCUUCCGCAACUUCGGCUUCGGCAUCUGCGCCGUCUACGUCUCCGACCUGAAGCUGGUGCACGGCCUGGACGAGGGCAUCACCGGCUGGGGCAAGGAGGACGUCGACUUCGCCAACCGGCUGCUCAAGAGCCCGCAGAACUACACGAUGAUGCGCACCACGGAGCCGGGGAUGAUCCACAUCUACCACCCGAUGGCGUGCUCCUCGGCCAACCUCACCCGCGAGCAGCGCGUCAUGUGCGAGGGUUCCACCAGCACGUUCGAGGCGAGUCGCGAGACGGUGGCUCGCGAGGUGCUCUCAGACUAUCGGAUUUUCCCGUUCGCCGAGGCGCGCGCUGCUCAGGAGGCGAUGCGGGUGCGCGCCGAGGCGAAAAAGGCCAAGGAGGCGAAGGCGGAGGCGGCGAAAGCGAAGGCGGCGGCGGCGGCGGCGGCCACGUAGCGAUUCUGGUGACUAGGAGGUGUGGCGAGGGUCGGACAUAUCGCUCGACCGCCGGACGCUGUGAUAGGGACAGGAAGCGGGCCGUCUAUUUAUUGGGGAGCGGCCGCCGCCGCCGCGACCCUGGACGAUACGGAGCUUACGGAACCGAGGUGCCAAGACGUGUGGAGUGAAUGUGGCGGCCGGACCGCCACCGGCUGACCUGUGUGGACCGUCAGAGGGAAGGGAGAGCCGGGCGCACGCCACGGCGCAGCUUCCCGCGACCCCGGAUGGCGCGGCCCCCUAGUGUUGUUUUCCAUGGUGCUCAAACGGAUGUGGCAGAGAUGUGGUUCCUUGGGUGAAGUUUUCAUUUGAAAACAGUAUGCCCUGACCGGUGCUUCCAAUCGGUAUUUCCUCGAUAAGUGCCUUAUUUCAGCGUAUGCAACUCUUCUGCAUCAAUUAUAUCGAUACUUAUCGUGUGGUUGGUAUUCAGGUUCGCACCAGUCACGCGAAUGAAUCACUUAGUGACGAAGGUGUGAGGCUUUCCAUUGCAUUAUUUAUUCUCAGACCCUUGUAUAUUUAUGAUUCAUCUCAUUUACAUUCUGUCCUCCCCUUCCUUCUCGUGUUUGCCUGGCUACUGCUUUUAUUCUUGCAUCACCGCAUUAUUUUGAUUAAUCGUCUUAUUCUGGUUAUAUUUCACUGUUCAGCGACUGUGACUCGAUGUUAUGAGGAUGCGCUAAUCGUUCGGCGUGCACGGCAUGCGGUAACCAGCGAUUUUCUAUAGGCAAGGUACUUGCGAAUUAAUUUUAAUGUUUAGUUUUAAGUCUUGUGAGCAAUCAAACGAAUGACACGUGUGUUUCCGCGGAUUCCUAUCAUGCUCAUAUGUUAUGUGCUUGCGUCGUGAUUGUAUCAUUUACUGGACCGUGUCUGUAUCUACUUCUGGUUGACGGCAUGACAUUCUUCUUUUCGUGCGAUUUAGUAAUUAUGUCUUCAAGAUUCGCACAGAUUGUGUACAUUUUUAUGAGCCAUUCGCUUGAAUCCCAGCUACCGGAAUUACUUUGCUUGAAAAGGAUGACGUCCUAUUAUGAGUUAGCCCAAAGUUACCACACCUUUCGGAGACGUUUCUGUUGACAUCAGUGGCGACUUUCAACCAAAUGUCGAUGUUCCAAGAUGUCUUUGAAGUUCCGGGGUCGCCCAAAAGUGCCUCAGCGUCACCUGUGUGAACUUCACCGUCACCUCUGUGGCGUUUGUCCUCACCCGGGCUCCUAUUUAGUUGUAAAUGUAUCGAAUCGAAUCACAUAUCAUAAGUGUGUGCGUGUGCGCGUGAGUUGCUGAGCGGGGUAGCUGCGGGUAGGCGAUGUAUAGGGGGCAGAGCACAGGGUGCUGGGUGGGGGUGGGGGAGAGGGGCGGCGCGGUGUAUUGUCGAUGAAUACCAGUGUCUUGUAUGCGAUGACUGUGACCAUCCUCUGAUGCCGGAUCGCGGCCAUGCUGUCCUGGUCCGACUGACCGAUAUUUCACUCUGUGAGCGAACUGGGGCGAUCGACCUGCCAUCUAGCACCCACCUGGGCAAUCACCGAGAAUAGCCGGGUCGUGUCUUUCGCUGGUUGCCAAUUGGAUCACUCCGGCUGAUAACUUUAUACUCUUGUGUUCGCAUUCGAUGACUCUGUAUGUGUAUAUGUAGUUUGAUAAAAUAAAUGGAAACAUAUAA